UUUUGUGUGUGUGUGUGUGGUGGUGCACUGGUUAAAGACUGUGAGCUGAGGUAAGGCAUCUUUUUGUAACCAUUUAAAAAUAAUUUGGAAUAUUCUGCUGAAGUAAAUGUUUCAAUGCAUAACAAAGCAUGCCUGACAAGUGUAUUUUUUUGUGUGUGAUGGUGCACUGGUUAAAGACUGCGAGCUGAGGUAAGGCAACUUUUUGUAACUAUUAAAGAAUUUAGAAUCUACUGUGAAAUGUAUAACCUAGCAUGCCUGACAAGUAUACCUUUUGUGUGUGUGUGUGUGUGUGUGUGUGUGUGGUGGUGCACUGGUUAUAGACUGCGAGUUGACACAAGUUAAAUGCUUUUUUUUUUUUUUUUUUUUUUUUUUUUAUAGCAAAAUUAAGACCGUAUCCAUGUGUGCUGGGCAGUCUUAAGAUAUCAUCAGUACUUGUCUUGUCAAGGGCUUAUGUGAAUAAUUAUGUUGCUGGUCAUUAUAAAAUCUUGCAUGGAUAUUUUAAGAAACGUUUCUUUAUUCUGUUGUUUUCAUUCCUGUUGAUGAGAUUUUCUUGAAAAAUUGUCUCCUUAAGUGAUAGUUGAAAGUUUUAGCUUUGAAAAUUUUUUUGUGAAAGGUGUAAAUUGAAUAUGCUAAACAAUACUUAUGUGUGCUGGUGAAUGGAUAAGUGUGAGUUAAGGUAACCUUUUAUAAUUUCCAUAUAAUUUUUAAAUGUGUGAAAUGAAGUUCUUAAAAUUCCUAACUAUCACACUACUUUUUUGCAUGUGCUGGUACAAUGGGAAAAGACUGAGUUGAGGUAUGUCAAUUUUUGAACUUGCAUUUAGAACAUACUGCUGAAGUAAGUGUUUAAAUGUAUAACAAAGCCUGGCUGACAAGUGUACCUUUUUCUUCUAUGUGUGGUGGUGCACUGGUUCUAGACUGCGAGCUAAGGUAAUUCAACUUUUUGUAACCAUUUAAAAAAACAAUUUAAAAUAUACUGCUGAAGUAAAUGUUUAAAUGUAUAACAAAGCAUAGCUGGCAAGUAUGCCUUUUCUUUCACGUGUGGUGGCACAUUGGUCAAAGACUGCGAGGUAAGUCAAACAUUGUUUAGAAUAUACUGCUAAAGUACAUUUAAAUGUAUAACAAACCAUAGCUGACAAAUGUAUCUUUUUCUUUUGUGUGGUGGUGCACUGGUUAUAGACUGCGAGUUGAAGUUAAAUGCUUGCUUUUUUCAUAGCAAAAUUAAGACCGUAUCCAUGUGUGCUGGGCAGUGUUAAGAUAUUAAUCAGUACUUGUGUCUUGUCAAGGGCUUAUGUGAAUAUGUUGCUGGUCACAAAAUCUUGCAUUGAUAUUUUAAUUAAGAAACAUUUCUUAUUCUCUUUCCAUUCCUGUUAAUGUUAGUACAUCACAUUUUUAUGUUAAUCAUUUGAACCGUUUGAAUAGCUACAGUGUAAUCAGGUUCUGAUGCUUUAAGAAUUGAGAAGUACAUGUAGUAAUUCUAUUUCCGUGUUCACAGAUGCCGCGACCAACGAAGAGGUCGACAAUAGCCAAACGGCUAUAUGCACAGCGAUGUGCAAGUACAGAGGCUGCACCGCUUCCUCUUAAAAUAACUGAAGCAGAGUUUCCACCCCUUCCUCUUAAAAAAAGGGCAGAGGCUGCACGACCACCUCUUAAAACAUACAAGGCCGAGGUAACGCCGCUUCCUCGUAAAAAAAUGGCCGACUGCUCCGGCAGUUGUAAUCCUGGCCCCACCCAGCAGGUUCCACCCUGUCCUGCAAAAACAAACGGGAAAGAGGCUGCGACGCUUCCUCUCAAAAUAAGUCAAGCCAAGGUUAUGCCCACUCCUUGUAAAAAAAAAGGCCGGUUUUGCCAUCGUGUAGAAACCACCCCUCAACAGGUUCCACCCCUCCCUGUGGGUACAAUUGGGGUAGAGGCAAAAACGCUCCCUCUUAAAACAAGUCGAGCCGAGGUUAUGCCACAUCCUCGUAUAAAAAAAGGUCGGUUUUGCCAUCGUGUAGAAACCACCCCUCAACAGGUUCCACCCCUCCCUGUGGGCGCGAUUGGGGUAGAGGCAAAUACGCUCCCUCUUAAAAUAAGUCGAGCCGAGGUUAUGCCACAUCCUCGUAAAAAAAUAGGCGGUUUUUGCCAUCGUGUAGAAACCACCCCUCAACAGGUUCCACCCCUCCCUGUGAAUCCAAUUGGGGUAGAGGCUGCACCGCUCCCUCUUAAAAGAAAGCGAGCACCAACCAAUGAGCGAACCCGUUCAUUGGAUAACUAUACAAUCUCAUUUACUUCUCAUGAAAUCUCAUUUACUUCUCAUGAAAUCUCAUAUACUUCCAACAAACUAUCAGAAAACAACCCAAAUUUCCACAGGUCUGAUCAAUCUCAUAGUUCCAGAGAAUCUGAAGAAAGGUUUGCUAUCCCAUCAAAAUUGAAUGCGAAUGCUUUGAACACUUUAAAUGUGUGCGCUGAUUCUCCACAGAAAGCAGUGCUAAAAGGUUCUUUUAAUCAAGCUGAUGCCCGCUUUGGUGAUUCCAGUUUUCCAUCCACGUCUGGUAAAGCCCUUUACAGUGAAGUAUUAAAACGCUCACCCAAGGUCUGUGAAUCCGUAAAGACUGGGGUAAGGCCAUCUGAUUUUCAAGUAGACUCUGGCAAACCCCGGCAACACCAGAUGAAGCACCCCAUGAAAACCCAACUAAAAUCCAUGAAAAAACCUAUCCAAACUGAACAAAACAUUCCUGUAAUUUGCCAUGAAAGUGCUUUGAGUGCUUGUUGUGAUUUUCCACAGAAAUCCAUGCUAAGAGGGUCUUUUGAUCAAGCUGAUGCCCGCUUUGGAGAUUCACGCAACAGGCAGUGUGGCGCCAUCGGUCUCACGGCAGUGUUGAAAAGCAAGCUGAAGAAUGUGCUGACGUGGACUACACAAGAUCUGGACGGUGUCUUGGUUGAAGGAACACGUCUUUACGAGUCUCUAAGAAAACAUGGUAACAUAAAAGAUAGAGAAGUCAAGGGUAGGAAUUACAUUGCAGUCCAUGAAUUACCGAGGAGACACAUGUUGGGUAAUACUACAUUUUCCAUCGAGUACGCUCCGUCUCUGACUGGUUUUGUUAAUGUCAAUGAGUACCACGAGUAUGACCAAGCCAUAAGCGCUGUAGCCAUGCCACUUGAUGUAGCCCUUCAGCAAACUCUACUGAGUGCUGAUGCUUUCUUGUUAACCAUUUGUGCCAACACAUCUGCAGUUAUUAAGCAGGGGUCAUGGUAUGCAGUCGUUGACUCUCAUGCCAUCAGGACAGACACAAGUUGUGUAGUCUAUCACCGUACCAUAGAGUCUCUGUACGACUAUAUCAAUGACAUGGCACAGUUGUUUGGGGUACCUGAGCCACCAUUUGAGAUAACUGGAGUUUUGGUUCAUGCAGAUGCAGAAGUGUCUGAUCCGCUGCAAGAAGCAGGCAGCAGCGGUUUCCCAUGCUCUUCCGGUAAAGCCCUCUACAGUGAUGUCUUAAAACGCAUACCAAAGGUACGUGAAUCUGUGAAGACUGAGCCAAAGACCCCUGAUUAUCCAGUACCUGUGGAUGAAGUUGCAGAUGUGAGAAACCCUAACCUUCCAACACAGACAGCCUCUAAUGUGUUGCCAAGUAAAGGUAAAAGAUUGAGGAAAGAAAAGCACAUUGAGCUGUCAGGUAAACGGGUUACAAAAUCCCACGCUGAAACUGUUAUAACCGAUGAUUUGAUGAUCACUGAUGUUUCAGUUCCAGAUGUCUUUUUUUCUCCCUUAACACAUAAUGAGAAGCAAGUUUUAUGUGAGCUCAUACAAAUGUCCAAUGAUAACAGUGACCAUAAUGUCAUAAACUUUGGUCCCAUUUCAGCUCCGUGUCAGACAAAGACCAUUAAACCAGACGGUAACUGCUUUUUCAGAUCGUUGGCACAUGUGAUAUGUGGAAGUGAAGAGAAACACUUGAAGGUUCGCCGUGCAGUUGUGAAACAUCUAAAGAUGAAUACUCUGCUGUUUGAGAGGUACGUGAGAAGUGAGUAUUCUUCAGCAGAGGAUUAUCUGACACGAUCUAGAAUGUUUUAUUCUGGCUCAUGGGUAACCGAAAUUGACAUAUUUGUUGCGGCCGAUCUAUUCAAAACCACCAUAAUGACUUUUAAUGACGGCCGAUGGAAUGCACACAAACCUACCGGAGAGGCAUCCACUCAGAAUGCAAUUUAUCUGAAACACUGUAACCGUAAUCAUUAUGAAGUUGUGACAUGUGUUAAGCACAGGGAUCGAGAUUCUGUUUGUGCAGGAGCAUGUGGAAAUGUGAUGUCAAAUGAGGUCAGCAAACCAUGUCUGCGUAAGAGAAAGGUAAGCGAUGCUGCAGAAUGUUGUCCCACCAAAAGACAUCGGGAGAGAUAUCGCAACGACUGUGAGUACAGACAAAAAAAGCUGAAGCAUGACAGGUUAAAAUAUGGUAACGACCCUUAUUAUAGACAAUACAAAAUUGAGUAUGCCAAAAGAAAAUAUUCUGAUGAUACCGUUUACAGGGGGAAAAAAAUUGAAUCCGACAAAACUAAAUAUUGUAGGGAUAGAUAUUACAGAGAGAGAAAAAAGGGAAUUCUUCGUGACCAAUAUCUAAAAAAUGUUGAUGUUCGUAAAUCAAAGUGUGAGCGUUCUAAGGCCAAGUACUUGAGCAAUUUUCAGUUCCAAAAACGUGUUUGCCAGUAUUCUCGAUUGAAAUAUAAAUAUAAUGUAUCUUUUCAGGCAAAUGUAUGUGAGUAUUCAAAGAAAAAAUAUCUGCAAAACAUGGCCUUCAAAGCAAGAGUGCGUGAGUAUUCAAAGAGUAGAAACAUUCAGAAUCCAGCCUUUAAAGUUAAAAUGGCUAAGUAUUCCAUAAUGAAAUACCAUAAAGAUGUGACCUUUCGUGUGAGUAAAAUACAAAAAGGUUGUGAAAGGUAUGCAAGAAAGAAGGAACAACAAGACAUUGAUGUUGCUAUUGAUCAUUUUAGACAAGAAAUUAGUAGUGGUCCAGAGUUUGUGUGCUGUGUCUGUCACCGUUUACUUUUCAGAAAGCAGGUUGUUGAAUGUAGAAGACACUGCUAUGAAGACAAAGGUGUUAAAGUUGCUGCUUUGGGGAGAAGAUGCAUCACAACCAGGUAUGUUCAUAUCUGUGAUCAAAAGUGUGAAGGAUCUUCUGCUCAUUCCUCAGGGUGCAAAUUAUGGAUCUGUCUAACGUGUCAUCGAAAAAUCCUUUGUGGACAACUGCCCGAAGAGAGCGUUGCUAACAACAUGCAUUUGGUGGACGUUCCAAAUCAGCUGAAAUGCCUCAACUCUUUGGAACAACAUCUCAUUGCACGUAAUAUUCCUUUUAUGAAAUUACUGUGCCUUCCUCGUGGUAAGCAACAUGGAUGCCAUGGCCCUGUAGUGUGCGUCCCAGUUAAUGCCACAGAUGUUUCCAAUAUCCUUCCACGAAAUGAAUGUGAUGACAAGAUGAUAAGGAUCAAACUGAAACGGAAGUUAACCUACAAAGGGCAUUAUGAGUAUAAGUAUGUACACACUGAUCGUGUUCGAAAUGCUCUGAAAUAUUUAAUCCAGUUCAAUAAGUGGUUCAGUGAUGUGGAGAUUAAUCAGCAGUGGAUCAGCUCUUUGAACGAACCAGAAGAAAAUGUUGUGGAUGAAAUGGAGCAACAAGAUGUAGUUGAAAAGAUUGACGAAAAUGACCUUGAUGAACAGCAAGAGGAAGACCUUACCUACAUCAAAGAGCAAAGUGGUCUUUUGUCAGAUACGUCAUUGCAACCUGUGGACAUCGGUUCAGAAGUAAUUGAUCAGCAUUUCCAGGAUGUAUUAAAUCUGGCACCUGCUGAAGGUAACAGUCCUGUUAGUUUGUUAUCCGAUAGGUCUAACGAAGCAAAAUGUUUCCCUGUUCUGUAUCCAACUGGUAGUCCAACAUUCCAUGAUAAGAGGGAGGUAAAAAUAACAUUGUCGAGAUACUUGAAUGCAAGAAUCCUCAAUGCGGAUGGACGUUUUGCACGAAGCACAGACUUCAUUUUCUAUGCACAGUAUCUGUCGGAGAUUGAUCAAGUUGUAUCCAAUGUUUCAAUUGCUUUGCGCAAAGGAUGUGAGAAGAGUUUGUUGACUGAAGUGACAUCAGAUGUGCUAACGAACCCAGACUCGUUAUCUAAAAUCUUGAAUUUUGAUGAAGGAUACAAGUUUUUGAGACCAAUCCGUGGAACACCUCCAUAUUGGCAGUCUACUCAAAAGGACCUUUUUGCACUUGUAAGACAGCUAGGUAUUCCAACUUUCUUUGCAUCCUUUAGUUCUGCGGAUCUCAGAUGGCCAGAAAUGAUUAGUACUAUAAUCAAACUAGAAGGGAAAAAUGUGAAAGCAGAUGAACUUGACUGGUCUGAAAAAUGUGGAUUGAUUAGACGAAACCCAGUGACUGCUGCAAGAAUGUUUGAUCAUAGAUGGCAUUGUUUUCUGAGAGAUGUAAUCAUGUCUUCAGCUCAACCGAUCGGCAAGAUAGUAGAUUACUUUUAUCGUGUAGAGUUUCAACAGCGUGGAUCUCCUCAUGUUCACUGUCUGUUUUGGGUUGAAAAUGCCCCAACGUUAAAUGAAGACAAUGAAGAAAACGAUGGUUUGGUUGCUACUUUCAUUGAUCGUUACAUCACUUGUGAGACCCCAAGCGAGGAUGAAACCGAACUGUUUGAGAUUGUCAACGGUGUUCAGAAGCACAGUGUCAGACAUUCAAAGACAUGUCGUAAGAAAAAGACAGUUUGCAGAUUUAAUUUUCCACGACCCCCAUCAAGCCGUACCUUUAUUACAAGAGGUGGUAGUCGAGACGAUUUGAAAAGCGGUGACGGAAAAGAUACUGCACAUACAGUUUUAGAAAAAGUGAAAAAGGCUUUAACAGCUUCUGAUAUGGAUUAUGACUCAACUGAUGCAUUUUUUGAAUCCAUUGGUAUUAACCAAGCUCUCUGAGAAAGUGUAUGCACAGUGUUCCAAAAAGAAAUCCGUUGUCCUUAAAAGAAGUCCAAAAGACGCCU